AUGUCCACUAAUACUUUUCACCUCUCAGUCCUUGGAAGCAAUUUCAACCGCCCCAUCCUUGAACCAUACUCAAAUACACAAGUUAAUGAUAAUCCUAAAGCAUCCGAAUUCUUCAAACAAUUAGAGAAUACAACAUUUGUUACCUAUGAUCAAACUUUUGAUGAUAUCAUUGGACCGAAUCCAAAGUUAGAAGUACUUGCUACUGCUCAAUAUCCAUUCGCCCACGAAGCUGGGGUAUAUGUGAUGAAAUCGAACGAGGUCUUUUUCACUUCCAAUCGUCUUGGUGAUACCACUACAGAUAAUCAGUACACAGAAAUUAAUAAAAUUAAUCUCUCAACCAGAGAGUGGUCCACUGUAGAACCAAAAAAACCAAUCCUCCUCGCUAACGGCGGUACAUAUCACGAUGGAAGAAUUAUUAUUUGCUCCCAGGGUCAAGGAGAUAUUGGUGGAUCUAUCGUUUCUCUCGAUCCUAUUUCUAAUGAAGUUACCACUAUAAUCGAUAAUUUUUUCGGUCUCAAAUUCAAUAGCCCAAACGAUAUUGUAGUCUCGAGUGAUGGUUGCUAUUGGUUUACGGAUCCAAGCUAUGGCUAUGAACAAAAAUUUCGGAAUGCACCACAACUUGGAGAAUUUGUUUACUGUUUUGACCCUUCUACCGGAAAUAUUCGUGUGGUAGCUGACGGUUUCGUAAAACCCAAUGGGAUUGCUUUUUCUCCAGAUGAGAAGAUAUUGUACAUAACUGAUACAGGAUUCUUUAAUGGCAUGGGCGAGCAGGAUGUUAUGAAACCACAUACAAUUUAUGCGUUUGAUGUGAGUGGUAAAAUCUUAUUUAAUCGUCGGGUAUUUGCAGUAGUUGAUGUUGGCAUUCCUGAUGGUAUAAAACUUGACGUUAAUGGUAAUGUAUACGUUGGAGCUGGUGAUGGUGUUCAUGUGUUUAAUAAUUCUGGAACUUUAUUGGGUAAAAUUGUUAUGCCACAAUCACAUACAGUGUCUAAUCUUGUCUUUGUUAGAAAUUUAUUAAUCAUGUUCACGGAUAAUACUAUCUAUGCGGUGAACUUGAUGGUAAAAGGUGCCUUAAAUAAUGAGUAG